AAAAGCUUCCUUCUCAGUCAGGCUUUGACACCAUUCACGACGGUCAACAUUCUCACUAACCUCAGUGUUCCAGAGCGUCCGAUGCUUUGGGAGUCAUGAACUAUCUUGAAGAUUUCGAGAACACCCUGAAAGAUGUCGUCAACGCAAAACGACUGUCAGCUUCCAAGAUGACGAAAUUGACUGAAAUUGCAAUGAAUUCUGCCAAGGUAUCGAGUCUCUAUGCAUUUGAUGCUCUUGCACGUGCUGCCCGAAAUUAUGCCACAAAGCGGGGUAUCACGGGUGACCUAAACUCAAGCACUGGGAAUGCUGCGACCUUUCUACUCAAAGUUGAAGGCGUUUUGGAUGGUCUGUUCCAAGACAUGAUUACCCUUGAUAAUGCGGAAGCAAAGGAAAAGACGAAGAAAGUUCUGGAUAUAUGGACCAAAUCGAAUACUUUUCCUUCGCCGGUUUUGACACGGCUGAGGGAGAUAAUGGACUCUCGAAAAGAAUCCGUGAAAAAUCCGACGCCUCCCAUCGCGCGAGUCGAAGCCCAAGCAGUACCAAAAGUUACCACCCCAUCUACUACCCCGUCCCAGAAUGCGACACCUCCUCUUCCGGAAUCGGUGCAGUCCACACUUCUGGCCCUGCUUGGACAAGCUGCACAAGCCGCUGGGCAGCCACCAACACAUACCCAAACACUACCAAACACCGGAUCCGCCCCACCUCUUAGUGGGCACCUAGCAUUGUUGCAACAGCUGGCUUUGACAGCAAAUGCUCCCAAUGGUGGUCCUCCAUCGCAACCCUCGUCUGCGCCACAGCACCCUCCCCCAUCUCAUCUAAACAACCAAUCACAACCUUAUUUCCCCCCACAAUUACAUAAUAAUCACGAUCCUAGUAGAGAUCCUCGGCAGAGUCGUCCAAACCAAUCUGAUCACGGAAGAGAGCGCGAUGGACUUCCCGAUUCCAACUCACGCGGGGGACUCCGGCGUGGUUUUCGUGGUCGGGGCCGGGGUAGAUGGGAUGACCGUGACAACGAUCGUGACCAUGAUCGUUUUAAAGAUAGGGAUUGGAGUUCUUCACCACGGCCAAGACGUAGUCGUUCCCGAAGCCCACGCAGAUUUAAUGGGCAGCGGCCACGACCACAGAGUCCGCCUCAGAGACCUGCAGCAAGCAGAGAUGUAGACAAUAAUUCGGCAACACUCCCUGAAGCGGGAAAAGACGAAUUCGGACGAGAUAUUAGACCGUCUUCUGUCACUCCUCCUCGAGCUGCAUCAGUCGAUGCUCAACUCCAGCCUCCGAUGAUUCCAUCUGUAGACCCUGUCCGUACAGCGGCACCCGAGAAUCGUGUACCUGUAUCAGACCAGUUACCCUCGGUAGCUGCCAGUACAUCUACACAGAACGCCGAACCUCGUAAAUCGAGUUCGGCGCCAGCGCUGCAGCAACCAGGACUUGAUCAAUUUGAUAUCACAACGUUUAAUUUCACUGCACCCUCAUCGUGGGAAGCAUUGGGAAAGAUGUGGCACAAUACUUACGGCGAUACACCUUCCCAGGAAGAACUCAUGCAGUUUGUAAUGGCGGGCGGUGUAGUCGCGUUCGCUGGUCAAGGAAAUGCUGUACAAGCUAGUCAGUGGCAGAAUCCGAGUUGGGGCACCCAGUCCGCAGGUUAUGGACGUGGGGGCAGAGGGCGAGGACUGGCGGCUCGGGGACGUGGCGAUAACUUUGGACACGGCAAUUACCGAGACCACGGUGGACACUGGGGUGAAGACGCUCAACAUUCGGACGCCAUAGUCCUUGGCGAAGCAGAUGGUGGGGAUGAAGAGCAAGCUUACAUGGAUCUGGUGCAAGCAGGAAGAGAUGAUUUGCCCAAUUUAGAUCCAGAAAACGUGGGUUCGGGUCGGAUGCAACGAGUGGGCGAUAAGUGGGUUUUUAUGCGAGAGUCAGGACAUGAAGGAUCAUGAACAUGGUGUAUGUUAUCUCUUGUAAUUAUCGCAUUCUCAUAUCACCAACAUGCAUGCAGAGUUUCUAUGCCUACUAAUCACCAGACAAUGUGGUCUAUUUCUCGCCAGGAUCGGUUGCAGCUGACACCACUGAGUAUAUACAUGUAACACAGUCAUCGAAGGAUAUAAUAUGCUCCCGAGGUCACAGAGAGCUGAUAGCGGUGUUCUAACUCGAAGAACGCUGUCUUUCAG